UAUAACAAGGGAAAAAUUCUGGCAGUCAUACACCUGCAUGGUGUGGGUGAGGUCUAAUUGCGUGUUUGAUGUGGAUAUUUCUAACCUAAAGAGAUGACUUAAUUUAACACUUUCUGUAUGGCCAAUCCACCUGAAAAACAGAGUGGUAUAGUUGACCAGGAGCAUAUGUGAUUCCACCUCCUUUCCUUGGGUCUGCCCAAUACGGAGAUUUUGUUCAGAGAAGAGAUCACGUGUUACGCUAUGAUUAAAUCCAGCCGAAGUCAGGCACACAAACACCUCACCCAGGAAUUCAUGCGAAAAGGGCAGGAAUUGUAACAGCUUUUCCAAAAAUUCUUUGCCUCAUGCAAGAGGCAGUAGAAUAUUUCUUCAAGAGCAUUAACUGCUUAUCUGGUCGAAAAAGUAACUUGAUGAGUCACGUGCAACAGCAUCAUGGGCUCUUUUCUGUCACUGUGUUUGAGUUGAAGGCUGAUAUUUUGCGAUGAAGGUUUCGGUCUAACUGCAGCUUCCGUCACAAAAACUAGACAGCUGAGUUCUGAACUGCAUUUUAGCAUCCAGUUUGGACAUGGAAAUGUUAAUGGGAGUUUUAGUUUUCCUGUCUCUGUUUUGCUUGGCUGAUGGUGGGAAGCUGUUGGUGGUGCCAAUGGAUGGGAGUCACUGGCUCAGCAUGCGCUUGGUGCUGGCGGCCCUCAGCAGGAAAGGGCACGAAAUAAUUGUUGUCGCACCAGAAGUAAACUUGAAUGUGAAGGCAUCUGAAUAUUACACUCUAAAGACUUAUCCAGUGCCUUUAACCAGGGAGGAACUGGGAGCAAGCAUGCAUUCAUUUGCUAAUGAUCUUUUUGAGCGAAGACCUUUUCUUCAGAGAAUUAUUGCGCUUUAUGAAAAAGCUCAAGUCAUCUCUGGUCUCUACGUCUCUUCCUGUACCAGUUUACUGCACAAUAAGGAUCUGAUGCGAUAUCUUGAAGGAAGCAAAUUUGAUGCUGUCCUCAUGGACCCUAUUGUACCAUGUGGACAAAUACUGGCUCUGCAUCUGUCUGUCCCAUCUGUUUUCUUUCUCCGGGGACUCCCCUGCAGUUUGGAUUUGCAGGCUACUCAGUGUCCAGAUCCCCCUUCCUACGUCCCAAGAACAUUUACAGACAACUCAGACCACAUGACAUUUAUCCAGCGUGUGGAAAACUUAUUCCUGAAGUCAUCAGAAUCCUUUCUUUGCAAUUUUGCCUAUUUGCCAUUUGAACUUCUGGCCUCAGAUUUUCUCCACAGAUCAGUAACAAUGAAGGAGCUCUUAAGCCAUGGAUCCAUUUGGCUUAAAAGGAUGGAUUUUGUUUUUGAGUAUCCCAUGCCAGUGAUGCCCAACAUAGUGUUCAUUGGAGGUAUAAACUGUGGAAAGAAAAAGCCAUUAUCUCAGGUCAGUGAUUUCCUUGAUAAACUAUAUUAA